UUCUGGGCACCAAUGGAGAACGAAGAAUUUUCAGGCUCAUCUGCGUUUACAGAUGGGCAUGGCGCGACAGAAAUAUCCGCUCCCUCCGAAGCCUUUCAGAAGCCCUUAGUACUCAGGCUCCUCGACGUGCACAAGCUUGAGGGGCUUGAGGAGCCCGAGGAACCCGAGGAACCCCAGGAGCCAGAAGAAGCCAACAAGCAGAGCCAGCGAGACCAAUGGAACGAGUUUGAUGAGCCCCAGGAGACAUCUGAACCCCAUACGCCCAAUGAGCCCCACGAACCCUAUGAGCCCUACGAGCCUUAUGAGCCCCACAAGCCCUAUGAGCUCCACGAACCCCGUGAGCCCCACAAAGCCUACGAGCCCCACGCACCCCGCAAGCCCCAUAAGCUCCGCAAGCCCCGUAAACCCCAGGAGUCCCAUGCUCCCCGAGAGCCCAAGCCCAGCGAAACGGAGUUGCUUCCCAGAGCUGCCGCCGUGGUGAUCUCCCCUUCUCUGAUGACCAGGUUCCCGCUAAGGAUUCCGCCAUCUUCCCUGAGCGAUCCUGGUCCCUGUGGCAUUGCAAGAAAAUGUUUUUUUUCUAGGAAGAGAAUCCAAGAUCUUUCUAGGCCUAAAAGACAAUGGGGAACCCCAGAUAGAAAACUGUUUUGGGGGAAUCAAGAUCCUAUUUGCCCUAUUGCCCGGAUUGCUUUGAAAGCUCAGCUGACCAAAAGACUGGAGGACCUUGCCCAUCCCAAAGAAGUCUCCCACCGAUAUGUACCUAACAGGGCUCAGUAUUACUACAGCUGUGGUAGAGAGUCUGUUAUCUGGGAGAUCCCUUCUCCUGCACUGUUUAGCCAACCCUCCAAAAGGAUCCAGAAGCUGGCACUGCCCAACAGAUUGAAGAAAGAAUAUCUAAUAAAGAGGCCUUACAAUGAUUACUUAACAAGAGAUUCUCUUCAAAUCUCUCAUCCUUCUGCCCGGAUAUUACAACUCUCAAUAGCCAAAGCCAUAAAUCCAAACUACGUUCCUCCAAAAAGGAUAUCCCGUGCUGCCUUGCUAUACAAACCUAGCCCUCGAAUAAUAGCUCUAGCUAAGGCCAGGCCUCUUCAUCAAGAUUAUCUACCUGACCGUGAUGCCCACUGGCCAGUAUCUUAUGCUGCUAUCCAUUGCAAAAUAUCUCCCAGAAUUCAAGAACUAGCUAAUCCAAAUACAAGGUCUCCCGUGCACAUUAUAUAUUAUGAUCCAGAUGUCUUUAAAGUCAAGCCAGCUGCUUUGAAAACACAGUGUUCUCCAAGGAUCCACGAGUUGGCAGAACCUCUUGUGCGUUAAAUACAGAAAGCCACGUCAGUCAGACUCUAGUUAUGUGUCUAGAAAACAUAUUAGGUGACUUAGUUCCCUACUCUGGUCCCAUCACCUUAUAUUCCCACAUCCCCCCGAAAACCAUAGAGACCUCCAGGGAAUACCACUGUGACCAUCGAAUAGCAAUUCCUGCUGUUACCUGUAGUCAUGUCUUUAGCAGAUUUGGAGAC